AUGACUUAUGACCUUCAUGGUCAGUGGGAUGCUGGGAACCCAAACGCUUACGACCAAUGCGACUCUGGAAGGUGUAUACGAAGUCACGUCAACCUCACUGAGACGCGCAAUUCCCUCGCAAUAAGUAAGUCACCGAAACCAUAGUCGCAAUUUUUAUUACCGGCCACGGCGUGUCUUGGGCGCGAUAUUCAAUAUCCUAGUUUACUUCGUUGCCUUCUACUGCAGGCUUUACCACAGUUUCCGUCUAGUUUCUACAAUGAGUACUGACUUGUAUGUAGUAACAAAAGCCGGUGUCCCUAACAAUAAAGUAUUUGUUGGCGAAGCAAGCUACGGAAGAUCAUUUCACAUGGCCUCGGAUGGCUGCUGGGGACCGGUAAGUGAACUUGUGAACAUGCUCUCAGCAUUCGUAAAAUGCCAUACGCACUCCGAAAUUAUGUCACUUUCGCUGCUGACCAUGUAAUAAUUUAGAUGUGCGAUUUUACGGGGUCCAGAACACAAUCUGAUGCCAAUCCAGGAAGAUGCACUAAAACUGGUGGGUAUUUAUCCAACGCCGAAUUAAACGAAAUCAUUCAACGUGGUGGUGCCACCCAAACAUUUCAUGACGGAGCAUCCAACUCAGAGAUUUUGCUUUAUCAGGUCAGUAGCCUCGUUCUUGCUUUUCGUUUCCUACAGGAUGGAAACUGAAUGAAGAAAACUGAACCCCAAAAACGGUCCUGUUACCGCAAAUGAAAAAUGGUUACUGAGGAAUUGGCAGGGCGACUACGUCUCAUAUAUGACACCCACGACAAAAGAAACUAGACGAUCUGACUGGAAAGUCUCAACUUUGCCGGAAGUAUUGACUGGGCUUUAGACUUGGAAGCUUUCACAACUGAUGACAUGGAAACGCCCCCAAAAAUACCACCCCAGGGAGAGAUGGGUUGCGUGGCAGGAGAGGAUGAUAGUGUCAACUCAGGCGACCUGUGCGAAUUUUCAUGUAGCUUAGGCUUUUGCCCGGAGUCAUUGUGUACUUGCACAUACACAGAUGUUGUAAACCCCCUACCGAGUACGAAAGACGCCACCGAUAUAAUGUACGUACCUCGCCUCUCCUUUAUCCAUACUUAUCUUGUCAUGCUGCAUUAUUGGGGUUUCAUAUUACCAAGCUACCCUAAUAACUGAGUCAUCUUUUGUUGGAUUUCCAAGGUAUGGGGUCAAGUAGGUCAUGUAGAAUUGAUUAUAUUGUAAAAGAAGCUAUUGUACAGCCUUUUAUAUCUACAAAAAGGGGUAAAAGAGUGGAGUGGUAACCCAAUGCGGAAACAGUACAAAUAAUGAAAUACAUGUAUAAAUAAUGAAACAAGUGGAUUCCACGGUUCAACAUCUUUUAAUUCUUUUUCUCUAGAAGCAGUGCUAACCUUUUGCAGCGCGUGGGACGAAUUCGACGCUGACUGUAUGUAUAAGCCCCGCCAUAUAGUUGCGAUUCUCCGAGUUCUACUGUCUGAGACAUAUUUCCAUCUCUUAGAAAACCUCUCCAGUUUCCCGGUCCUUGAUCUUUGGCUCUGUAGCAACCACUAAAAGCAUUGCUAAUCACUUUAUAGUAAACCGACUUUGUCUCUUUGCAUGCAAGCACGGCUACUGCCCAGACGAUAUUUGCACCAAAAAGCCGAAGGAUGAUGUAGUGAUAACUGACGCUGACAACCCCAAUACGGGCUUUGAUUAUGCAUCCGCCAGAGAACAGAACUCCAGAAGGUGCUUGAUAUACCAGAAUGGAGCCUUACGAGAUAAUAGCGUUAUGCAAUGUUAUAAUACAUGCAAACCGCAACUUGAUGCAGCAGCUGAGGCAGGAAGAACAUCAAACUACGGCUGUAUGGGAUUCUAUCCUCUUGACAAAGCGAUUCCAUGGGAGAAACCAGUAAGUCACUCAUUUGCCAUUUCUCCAUACGUUUAUCUCGCCUCGCAACAAUUCUAGCUGCGCAGAAUUAUUCCAUUCUGGCAUAGAAUGAACGCUGACUGCAACAGCCUGGAACUGGUUAUUGGGUAGCGCCUGGACAAUGCUUGUGCGACAACUGGCUCCUGAACGAAAUUGCCGACACGGUAAUUGAGGCCUUACCUGCAAUUACUCAGAUUGAGUGUUAUAUUUUGAUGUCUUCCCUAAAGCUGGUACUCGACAUUGGAUUGUCGGCAAUUCCAGGAGUAGGAAAAGCCCUUGAUGCUGGACUAGGUAUGUUCUAUAAUAAUACCACUGUUUUUCAUUCGGAAUUACUUGUGCGGAUCCUAAUAUUCGGAUUUUCGGAUUUAGAUAUGGCCACUACGGCUGCUCAAAUGGCAUCAUACCUCUACCCAGAAGAAGAGGAUCCUGAAGGAGCCUUCUCCUGGUGGUUGAGUCCUUGUGGAGGGACGACACUUGUGCCUGAUGAGAUUAAAAAGCUCUCUGGUAUUCUGAGUUCCGUCACGGGUGGAGUUUCGAGUUUCAAAACACCAAGGAAUCUGCCAAAGGGCAGUGGAAGGAAAGGGGAUGGCGCUAACCCACACGAUCAAGGCACACCAAGGGCACCAAGUAAAGGUAAUGGAAACAAUAAACCCAAGUGUAAGAUCCCAGCAUCUCGGCAAACUCAACGACUUAGACACACCCUUCGGGAACGAGCGUGUGUAGCAGACAAGACAGUACAGACCGAAUGGAUUGUCACGUCACUCAAUUAUGCUGCAAACGCUGCACCAACUAGAGUAUCUAAGCCAUGUUCCGUAAGUCGAAUCCUAAUAUGAAACUUUUAGCAUUAUACUGACAUUGAGUUCGUAGGUGGACUGGGAUAACGCAUGCUGGUAAGCUCUAAAACUCCUCAUACAGCCAAGACGAGAGAAUUCGUUGGAAUCAAGCAAUAUUGCAACGAACCCUCUUUUACUCAGAGAAUAUACAGUUGCUCCACGAUAGAAGGCUAAUCUUUUUAUCAAUAGGCAUUACAGUUCAGCUGUCCGUCAGAACCCUGGAUGGGCGACAUUGACUUGCGUGCCAGAAGCUGCGGCCACCAAGAAGCCAGACAGUAAGUUAACCCACAAUAUUGCGACCCCAAGGAUGUUGUUUUGAAUACAAGUUGAGCUUGACCUAUUCGGACAACUAUUGAUCUUGGAGAUGAUCUUCGGGAAUGAGUCGAGACCGAAAAUAAAAAUGCUAACUCCAUGUUUCUUUGCAGUGGGCAGAAGAGUUCCAAGGGUAUGGGAAGCACAACACAAAGGCAAAGGCUGGUGGGAUGUAAGUCAAUUUCUGCUACUUUCCGAAUGCUUCUGAAUUAUUUCACUUACUGAUACUGCGGUGUGUUAGACGGCUAGUGGUAACCGGUCACAGCUGCCAUCUCCAGAGAUUUGCCAGGCGGACGAGUAGUAAGUGAAUUCUCAGACUUCCGUGGAACUCCUCACAGGAGAUUCGACAUCUAUCCUUGUUUUCUACCCUCUACUUAUCAUUAAUAAAGACAAUGCUAACUCGCUAUUUUGCCGUAGCCCGCCCUUGUACUUCCUUAAUAGUCAAAGUCCAGCUUACAUCAAUGCCGGCACGACUAACCCAGGAGGUCAAUUGGUUCGCAUUUUACCAGGAACACAGGUCUGUAUACCUUUAUAAACUUGAUUUAUAUAUCAGGAGAGUUAGGCUGACAAUCUAGAACGGUAAUGCGGCCAAGGGUUUAUGGAAAGAAGUCUGCUUCCAAGAACUCGUAAGCGAAAGCGCCAUGUCAAACCGAGACCUCAAAAACAAAGUCGAUGCCGCUGGCACGAAUCUCCGAGUCACCAACGUAGUGCGCGGAGAUAAACGCUACAUCGAACGAAGUGCUCUUGCCGACGUCAGUCUACGUCCCGAAUUCAGCGUUUCCAGCUGGCCUCCUUCUGCACCAAAUGAUGGACUGAACCAGAAUCCCUGCUGGCCGAGAAAUAUUGCACCACAAGAUCCGGGUUUUACUCUAUUCGAGAAUGACCCGUAUUAUAGGACUCAUCCUUCUCCGUACAACUGCGGAGCUGAUUAUGAUCCGCCUACCAACGGUGCUUGA